AUGGUCCCGGCCCCCUACUCCGUGCAGGCCACGGCGGCCAUCGCGGCCGUCAUCACCUUCCUCAUCCUGUUCACCCUUUUCGGCAACACCCUGGUGAUCGCGGCCGUGCUGACCAGCCGCUCGCUGCGGGCCCCCCAGAACCUGUUCCUGGUGUCGCUGGCCGCGGCCGACAUCCUGGUGGCCACCCUGAUCAUCCCCUUCUCGCUGGCCAACGAGCUGCUGGGCUACUGGUAUUUCCGGCCCACCUGGUGCCGGGCUUACCUGGCGCUGGAUGUGCUGUUCUGCACCUCGAGCAUCGUGCACCUUUGCGCCAUCAGCCUGGACCGCUACUGGGCGGUCAGCCGGGCCCUGGAGUACCCGUCGAGGCGCACCCCGCGCCGGGUCAAGGCCGCCAUCCUCGCCGUCUGGCUCCUGGCCGCCUUCAUCUCGCUGCCGCCGCUCAUCUACAAGGGCGACCCGGGCCCCCGGGGGCCCGGCCGGCCGCAGUGCCGCCUGAACGACGAGGCCUGGUACGUCCUGGCCUCCAGCAUCGGCUCCUUCUUCGCCCCCUGCCUCAUCAUGAUCCUCGUCUACCUGCGCAUCUACCUGAUCGCCAAGCGCCGCACCCGGCCCGGCCCGCGGAUCUCCGGGCCUGCAGAUCCCGCCGCCCUCCAGCCCAACGGCCUCCCCGUCGUCUUGGAGGACGGGGAGGCCGUCCAGCAGCCCCCCACCUCCCAGGCCCCGGGACCCCCUCCCACCAGGACCUCCCCCCUCAGCCCUGCAGCUGGGGGGCAGGAGGGUGGAGGACAUCACCCCAGCCUGACCCCAGGGGUCAAGGAAGAGGAGGAGGAAGAGGGGGAGGAGGAAGACGAGGAAGAGGAGGAAGGCCCAGGGAUGGGGGGGAAGGAGGGAGAGGAGGAGGACCGGGAGGAAGGGCGGCCCCCGGGUCAGCCGGCCUCCUUCUCCUCCUCCUUGCCUCCACGGGGAGCCCCGACCCUGGCCACCGGGCGAGGCCGCGUGCUGCUGGCCCGGGGUGCCGCCUCCCAGCGUGGAAGGCCUCCCUGGAGGCGGCGGACCCAGCUCAACCGGGAGAAGCGGUUCACCUUCGUGCUGGCCGUGGUCAUCGGCGUCUUCGUCCUCUGCUGGUUCCCCUUCUUCUUCAGCUACAGCCUGGGCGCCGUCUGCCCCCAGCGCUGCAAGCUCCCCCACGGCCUCUUCCAGUUCUUCUUCUGGAUCGGCUAUUGCAACAGCUCCCUCAAUCCCGUCAUCUACACCGUCUUCAACCAAGACUUCCGCAAGGCGUUCCGCCGGAUCCUCUGCCGCCAGCCCACCCGGACCGCCUGGUGAGCCGGGGCCCACCGCCAUCCCGACCGCCCCGCCCGGGACCAGGCCCCAAGCCCGGGCCUCCCUGCGGGCCCUGCCAAGCCCCAGCGGACCCUCCCCACCCUUAUUUAUUUGCCACCCGUCUGGGGAGAGAGAGGGGGUGUGUGU